AUGGCCGAUCAAGACGUGGAUUUGGACUCGAUCAUUGAUAGAUUGUUGGAGGUGAGGGGCAGCCGGCCUGGCAAGCAGGUUCAGCUUCUGGAGUCGGAGAUCCGUUAUCUUUGCACCAAGGCUCGGGAAAUUUUCAUCUCCCAGCCCAUACUGCUGGAAUUGGAGGCACCCAUCAAGAUCUGCGGUGAUAUCCACGGCCAGUACUACGAUCUUCUGCGUCUUUUCGAAUACGGUGGCUUCCCGCCCGAGGCCAACUACCUGUUCCUGGGUGACUACGUCGACCGUGGCAAGCAGUCGCUUGAGACCAUCUGCCUCCUUUUGGCUUACAAGAUCAAAUACCCCGAGAACUUCUUCGUUCUCCGUGGUAACCACGAGUGUGCGUCCAUCAACCGUAUCUAUGGUUUCUACGAUGAGUGCAAGCGGCGGUACAACAUUAAGCUGUGGAAGACCUUCACGGAUUGCUUCAACUGCCUCCCCAUUGCGGCUAUCAUCGAUGAGAAGAUCUUCACCAUGCACGGAGGUCUGAGUCCCGACUUGAACUCGAUGGAACAGAUCCGUCGUGUUAUGCGCCCCACUGAUAUUCCCGACUGCGGUCUUCUUUGCGACUUGCUCUGGUCCGAUCCCGAUAAGGACAUCACUGGCUGGAGCGAGAACGAUCGGGGUGUAUCCUUCACAUUCGGUCCGGACGUCGUGUCGCGGUUCCUUCAGAAGCAUGAUAUGGACCUGAUAUGUCGCGCACACCAAGUCGUCGAGGAUGGCUAUGAGUUUUUCUCCAAGAGACAGCUGGUUACGCUAUUCAGUGCUCCCAACUACUGUGGCGAGUUCGACAACGCUGGUGCGAUGAUGAGCGUCGACGAGAGCCUACUUUGUUCCUUCCAGAUCUUGAAGCCAGCAGAAAAGAAACAAAAGUACGUUUACGGGGGCAUGAGCUCAGGCAGGCCCAUCACUCCUCCGCGAAAGCAAAAGAAGAAGUAA